AUGCCGCUGCAACCAGGGCUGACCACAGAGGGGCAGCAGGCCGACAUGCGGUGGCAUGGCAACUCGGCAAUGAGCCCCAGGGAGCCCGCAGCACCCUGCCAACGCGUUUCGGGAGCUGCCCGACUGGAGCUGGGCUACCAGAUGGGCUUGUUUUCGAAGCUCAAGGGCAAGGCAAGCCAUCGGCAAUUGACAGGGCUGGACGGGAUAGGCGCUAAGAAGGAGGCGGCGCCGGCGGCGCCUGUCCCGGUGCCGUCCGCCUCGUCCGCCGCCGAGCGUGCCGCACAAUACCUGCCCGCCAGCGCCGGCCUGCUGUCUGGCAGCUACAAGCCAGCCAGCGCGUCCGUCCUGUCGGCAAGCCAUGCGACCGGCGGCGGCAACAUAGCGAUCAGCGUGCCCACGCCUGGCAAGGGCGGGUCGCCGAUUGCGGCCCGGCACGCGGCCGACGGCGGCAUGCCCGCAGGCAAGCGGCCUGCCGGGCUUCUGCUGGAGGUCUCUGCCGCUGCACAGGAGGCUGCACAGGAGGCUGCACAGGGCAGCAGCGCGGCAGGCGAGGAGCUGGGGCAGCAACCGUCAGCAGAGGACCGGCCGCCCACCCCGGACCCCGCCUCGCCCCUGGCCGCCGCCACGCCAUCCAGCGGCGAGGCGGGCGACGGCGCGGUGGAGAGCAGCAGCGGCAGCUGCGCCACCCUGGGUGACGCCGCCUCCGAGCGCGGCACCUCGGCGGCCGCAGCGCUCGACCGCCUGCGCCGCGCCUCCCCGGCCGGCAGCCUGGCCAGCGAGGCGAGCGUGGCCGCCAGCGGCGUGGAGUGGGCGGCGGCCGCGGCGGCCGCGGUGGGGCAGCGCGGCCAGCAGCUGAGCGCGCGGCGCCAGAUCCGGCAGGCCAUGGGGCCCGAGGUGGAAGCCCGCCUGCGCGAGGUGUUUCUCGAGUACGCUUCCCUGGGUGCCACCGGCAGGCAGAGGCUGGAGGAGCUGGACUCGGCCCGCUUCUACAAGCUGUGCCGCGAGUGCGGCCUGCUGUGCCGCCGCUUCACGCGCGGCUAUGCCGACGUCGCAUUCACCAUCGCCAAUUCCCGCAAGGAGAUGCGCAGGCUGACCUUUGACGAGUUCUGCACCGCGCUGCGCCUGGCCGCCUUCCGCAAGCAGUGCACGCUGCAGCAGGCGAGGCCCACCGCCGCCUGCCUGCCCCCUACCCGCUGCGAGGGAGCUGCCCUGUGGGGCCCUGUGGCCACUCUAGUGGCAGGCAGCGGGGGCCCCGUGCUGAGCCGGGUGACCACUCCAGAGGCGGUACGGCUGUACGACGACCUUUCCACCUGGACUGGCGUUCAGUUCCAAGUGGCGGCGGAGGCGGCCUUUGCGCCCGCCGCUGGCACCCCGGGCGGCCCGCCGGCGCGCGGCGGCGGCAGCGGCGGCGCCAGCCUGGGCGCCAGCGGCGCGGCCACGCCCAACGCCGCGCGCUGCGGCAGCCUGGCUGAGCUGGCGCUGCGUCAGCAGCAGGUGCAGCACGGCUUCCUCGACCCCGAGCGUGCCGCCGCCGAGGCCGCCGCCGCAGACAGGCGGCGGCGCGAGGCGGAGGCCGCCAUUCGGCGGGCCGAGGGCGAGGCGCGAGCGGCGGUGGAGCGCGCCGCUGCGGCCGACGAGGCCGCUCGGGCCAAGGUGCAGGAGGCGGUGGCGGCUGCGGCGGCCGCCGAGGCCGCCAUUUCCGACAACUCUGCCGCGGCGGAGCGGGCCAAGCGGGAGGCGGCGGCCCUUCACGAGGCGGCCGCCGCGCAGCAGGAGGCGGCGCGGGCCGCGGAGCGCGACGCGGCCGCCGCCCUGCGCCGCGCCGCGGCGGCGGAGACGGCGGGGGAGGCCGAGGCGCAGGCCGCGCUGGCGGUGGCUGCGGAGAAGGAGCGGAGGGCCAAGGACGCCGCCACCAGCGCCUGGGCGGCGGCUACGGCGGCGUCCGAGGCAGCCGAGGCGGCGGCGGCGGGGGCCGCGGAGGCGGCCGAGGCCGAGGGCUGGAGCCAGGAGGGCGCCGACAGCGUGGCUGCGGCGCAGGAGGAGGCCGAGGCUGCGGCGAUGGCCGCCAUUCUGGCGGCACGGCAGGACGCCGAAGCCGCCAUGAUCGACGCUCUCAUGCAAGCAGAGGCGGCCGAGGCGGCGGUGGAGGCCGCGCGGGCCGAGGCGGCGGCCGCCGAGGAGGCCGUGCAGGCGGCCAAGGCCGAGGCGGCGGCGCUGCUGGCGGCGGCGGCGGCUGCCGAGGCGGCGGCAGAGACGAACGAAGCGGCCAAGGCGGCGGCACAGGCGCGCGCGGCCGCCGCCAAGGACGCAGCCGCCGCCGCGGCGGUGGCGCGCCGCAAGGCCGCCGCCCGCGCCAAGCUGGACGCCGACCGAGCGGCUUCGGCGGCGGCGGAGCGGCGCGCGGCGGCGGCCGCGGCGGCGCAGCAGGCCGCCGACGCCGCCGUGCGGGCGCAGGCCGCCGUAAACUCCCGCAUCCGGGCGCAGCAGAAGCUUGCUGAGGCGCUGGCGAGGGCUCGCGCCACGGGCCUGGCGGCGGCGGCCAGUGCCGCGCUGGCGCAGCCCUCCACGCCCGAGCAGCGGCGGCCUCGGCCCGCGGCGGCGGUGGUGUCGCCCGAGGCGGCGGCGGCGGCGGCGGCGGCGGCGCUGGACGCCGCCCGCCAGCGCUUUGGCGACAGCGCCGACGUCACGGCCGCCGACCUGAAGCGCGUGUGGCGCGAGUUUGCGGCGUUUGGCAAGAAGGCGGCGGCGGACGCCAAGGAUCUGCGCAUGGAGGGCGCCCUGUUUGCCAAGCUGUGCAAGGAGUGCUGCCUGGUGGACGGCGGCGGGCUGACCCUGGCGCAAGUGGACCUCACCUUUGGGAGGGUGGCUGACAAGAGCCGCUCCAUCUCUUUCAAGCAAUUCCAAGAGGCGCUGCCGCUGCUGGCCACCGCCCGCGGCUGCGACGUGCAGGAGAUCAAGCUGCUGGUGGCGGCGGCGGAGGGCCCUGUGCGGCGCGGCACCACGCCGCUGGCGGUCCGCUUCCACGACCGCUGGGGCAAGCCGCCGCAGGCCUGA